AUGAAAGUCAAUACUGCCAUACAAAUGCGACGUGAAGCUUUCUUGAGGAGGAAGUAUUUAUGGGGCAUCAAAUUACAUUCUGCUCGUUAUAUUCGCCCCUGCGCCCUUAGGACUUGGAAACGUGAUGAGGUCAAUACAUUGGAUCCAUCGACUUUUCCUGACGCGACACCUGUGGAGCUAGCGGCAGCAUUAGAAAGAGAUGAGUUACUUACGGGUGUGGAAGUGGGAUAUAACCCAAUAUCAUUAACCUCGGAUCGUUUCGAUCCGGGUGUUGAAGCAACCGCGGAUACUCCUGGAAAGCCAUGCGAGCCUGCAUUUCUAGAUGCCCUCGUCACGGACUGUUGCGUUUUGAUUUGGGAAUUUCGUAGCCUUUAUAGAUACACAGACUUCAAUUCGAUGGACGACCCAUUACCCACGAAGUAUGCGGACAUUUUCUAUGAUCUCAACACCGUAUUUACACAAUGCCGGAGGCUUAAAAAAUCGCCUGAACUCUUCUCAACGCUAGUACAAGAGCGUCAAUUCAUGGAAAAGAUGAGUCGUAUAGCGGAAAUUGUGGACCAUCUGCGAGAUGUUAUAGUCUUGAAAAAUGAUAGUAAGCUCGCCAGGAACGAAAUGCGAAAGAAGGAGAGAGAACUUGCCAAAUGUCUACCAUUCUUUUAUCCCGGACGGGCAGAUGGAAGACAUCCCUGGACUAGAUGGCUGGAAAAUUCUUCACCUGUGAUGCCUCCAGGUUGGCUUGGGAUUCAGCAGAAAAUACCACAUAUUGGCGACAAUAUAAUUCGAAGAAUCACAACUAUGUAUGAACUAUAUGAGAGACAGUUUAGAAUUGAGGGACUUAUUGAUCGCAAAGUGAAUGAUACCUUGGAAGAUUUUCCUGCCCCAGGAGAAGCAUUUGAGCAUAUGGCCUACUCGAAAUUCUCAACAAUGGCAGUAAAUUACGUGCAGUAUAGAAGUGGAGAUAGGUCGGAGUCCGACCAAAAUGGGAUCUUGAGGAUUGAGAAGUUAGCAGAAGCUGUUCAGCGGAGUUUCAGACGGCAGGAGAAUCCAGUAAUUGCAAAGAAUGCAAAUAUCCCGUAUCAUCGAUUUAUGAUGGGCUAUAAGGUAGAAACACUAAAUGGCGAUGUCCAAUAG